AUGCCCAACACUAACACCAGCACAGCAGUGCAUCAAACAGAUAUGAAAAUCAAUAAGCAAAGCAUGAAUCCAAGCCAAUAUGAACUAACUAACUCCACCCUUUCCACAAAUCCAACCUCAUGGGCAGAUGAAGUUGACGAAGAAACAACAGAUAGAUCAACACCCCCUUUACUAUUGAAGCUGACAUCAGGAGA